ACUCUAUUAUUGAGUUACUCUAUUUUAUAGUAAAAAAAUAGAGUAAACCAUUGGAGAUGGUCUGAGCUCCCACAAAUACUUCAUAUUAUUUUGUUUUCGAUAAAUUUAUAAUGUGAAUAAUAGGGAUUGAGAGCUGGGCUUAAUACAUUACCUUAUUUGGCUUCCGGUCCUAAAAUAAAAACGCUGUAAUAAAACCAAAACCCUAAAAUUUCUAGCUUUUGUAAUAACGCUGCUCACAUUCAUCCAUCUUCUCCCAACAGACCAAAGAGGGUCUUGUACAUCUACAUCGAUGGACUCAUCUUCUAAUCACAUGGUAAGUCUCUUGAAGAUUGAAUCUCCUACGUCCGGAUGGGUGAAACCCUUGAAAGAUUUGCUCAAAACCAUUGAUGGUGUUGAUUUCAAGAUAGACAAACGAAGUAAAACAGUAUACAUAUAUGGGAAAACCAAUCCAGAAAUAAUACUUGAAAAGAUUGCAAAAGCAGGCCAAAAAGCUGAGAUUAUAUGGAGCAAUCACGAACGCAAGAAACCUCUAGACAAUCAAAGAGGACACCCGAUGCAACAAUGCAACAAUUACCAUCAACAAUAUUACAAUGGUCCUCCUCCUCCCUGGAUGUACCAACAACCUCUACCGUAUCAAAGUUAUGCUCUUCCACCUCCAUAUCCACUUCAACUUAAUCCCCCGCCGCCACUACCAGUACCAAGUGGUUCCCAGCCAAAGGAGCCUGCAGCUAAGAGUUUCCCGCCUACGCCUCCUCCGCCUAAGAACUUUACUAUGGGUGAUUUACAUCCAGGAUGUGGGAUCAUGUGAAGCGUAGUGGCUUUUUUGUUUAUCAUUCAUAAUCUAACUAGUCAAAAGAAUCAUAAUGAGUUUUUUUUUUUAUCAUUCAUGAAUUUUUUGCAUUCUUUUUAAUAUAUACAAAACUUGUGUUUGAUUGCUUGAGUACAUAGCCAGAUAUAAUGGUCAAGUUACUUGGGAUUCCAUUGUGUAACCUGCAACUUCAGUAGAUAAGAUUCCAUUGUUUGGGUGUUAUAAAUAGAAAGCCUUUUUUACAUGAACCGAACAUUUAAGGAGCCCAUGAGGUUGUAGCCUUGUAGGGUUUCCCAGGUCCCAUGUAAUACAACUUUUACACAGGGAAAAGAAAUCAACAUGAGUAUAGGAACAAGCCUAACUCGAUAUUUGACAUGACAAAUAACAAAAAUGACAAAGCGAAAGUGUGAUAUAUAUAAGACAAUAUUGUAGAGAAAUUCUAUUGUAGAUGCAUAUAUUGAAGUAAAAUCACAUGUAUAAUAAGAAUCUCUAUUUUAGAAUAAAUAUAGAAAUCUACAUCGAAGAUGUUCUAACACUCGAUAAACAUAGUCAUUUUUGACGGAAAAAAUAUUCAUCAGAAUUUUC